CACGUGAAAGGUGAGAGGUUACAGCGUUGCCGCAACAUGGAGGCGCCCACGAAGAGGCGAGGGUCGUCCGGCGAGGGGAGUGGGCCGGAGUCGGCGGACGAGGAGUGGGUGGGGCCGCUCCCCACACAGGCCCUCCGCGUCAAGAAAAGGAAAGUUCUUGAUUUUGAGCAUGUGUAUUUGGAUAACUUGCCUAGUGCUUCAAUGUAUGAACGUAGCUAUAUGCACAGAGAUGUUAUAACACACAUAGUGUGCACCCGGACAGACUUCCUGAUAACUGCUAGUCAGGAUGGACAUGUCAAAUUCUGGAAGAAGAAGGAUGAUGAAGGGAUAGAGUUUGUGAAGCAUUUUCGCAGCCAUUUAGGAGUUAUUGAAUCUGUUGGAGUUAGUGCAGAAGGAGCUCUAUUCUGUUCUGCUGGUGAUGACCAGGCAAUGAAGAUUUUUGAUGUGGUCAACUUUGAUAUGAUUAACAUGCUAAAAUUAGGAUACCAUCCUGGCAAAUGUGGUUGGAUUUACUCACCCGGAGAUGCUAUAUCCGCUGUUGCAUGUUCAGAAAAGGUCUCAGGAAAGAUCUUUAUAUAUGACGCCAGAGGAACCAACCAGCCGCUCCAUGUAUUUGAAAAACUGCACAGUUGUUCUCUCAGUGAGAUCUAUUUGAAUUCUGUCUAUAAGGUUGUUGUUUCAACUGACAAAUCAGGAAUGCUGGAAUACUGGACUGGGCCACCAACUGAGUACAAAUUUCCCAAGAAUAUAGAAUGGGAAUACAAAACUGAUACCGACCUGUAUGAAUUUGCCAAAUGUAAAUCAUAUCCAAUAGGCAUCACAUUUUCCUCUGAUGGAAAAAAAAUGGCUACUAUUGGAUCAGACCGUAAAGUACGGAUUUUCAGAUUUUUGACUGGAAAGCUCAUGAGAGUAUUUGAUGAAUCUCUGACGAUGUUUACAGAAUUGCAGCAGAUGAGACAACAGCUUCCUGACAUGGAAUUUGGACGACGCAUGGCUGUUGAACGAGAACUAGAAAAAGUUGAUGGAAUGAGGCUAACCAACAUUGUUUUUGAUGAGACUGGACACUUUGUACUAUAUGGUACAAUGCUGGGUAUUAAAGUAAUAAAUAUAGAAACAAACAGGUGUGUACGAAUCCUGGGUAAACAAGAAAAUAUACGUGUGGUGCAGCUAGCUUUAUUCCAAGGUGCUGCUAAACCUGCGCAGGGUGUAAUGACAAUGGAGAUGAAAGCAUCUGACAACCCUGUGCUACAAAAUGUUCAACAGGAUCCAACUGUAUUCUGUACAGCAUUUAAAAAGAAUCGAUUCUAUAUGUUUACAAAGAGGGAGCCAGAGGAUACAAAAAGUGCUGAGUCUGAUCGAGAUGUCUUCAAUGAGAAACCCUCCAAAGAGGAAGUCAUGGCUGCCACACAAGCAGAUGGCCCUAAACGUGUUUCAGACAGUGCCGUUAUUCACACAACAAUGGGAGAUGUACAUGUGAAACUGUUCCCUGUUGAGUGUCCAAAAACUGUGGAGAAUUUCUGUGUGCACAGUAGAAAUGGAUAUUACAAUGGCCACAUAUUUCAUCGUGUUAUUAAGGGUUUCAUGAUUCAAACUGGAGAUCCAACUGGGACAGGGAUGGGAGGCGAAAGUAUUUGGGGAGGCGAAUUUGAAGAUGAAUUUCACCCGACGUUAAGGCAUGAUCGACCAUAUACACUAAGCAUGGCCAAUGCAGGUGCUAACAGUAAUGGAUCCCAGUUCUUUGUAACUGUUGUACCUACACCGUGGCUUGAUAACAAACACACAGUUUUUGGUCGUGUGACAAAAGGAAUGGAAGUGGUCCAGAGGAUUGCUAAUGUGAAGUGUAAUCCAAAAACAGAUAAGCCAUAUGAAGAUAUCAGUAUAAUCAAUAUUACUGUAAAAUAAUGAAGUAUCAUUUUAACAAUAUUGAUAGCUUCAGUAUUGUAAAAGUAAUUUUGUAAUGUUUUCAAAAUAAAUAGUUACAAAAUUAAUAUUUCUGUAUUAUCUUUGGACAGUGAGUGAUAUUUCCGAUGCCUUUCAAUG